AUGGGGCACCGACCGGCUGCCCCGGGGGCAACGCGGGCCCGUCGGAGGCAAGGGGGCUGGUGGAUCCCGCUCUGCCUGUGCUGGUGUGCGGCCGGGGGCUGCCUGGGGCAGGUGUACCACCUCCGCCUGGCCGUGGACGAAGGGCUGCCGGCAGACACUCUGGUGGGGGACAUCAGCGCGGGGCUGCCCCCCGGCGGGGCGCACCCGGGAGGCUUCUUCCUCUCGGAGGAGAGCGGCGAGUCGGCGGUGCUGGCGGAUUUCCACGUGCACACGGGCACGGGCCUCAUCCGCACGGCGCGGCCGCUGGACCGGGAGCGGCGGGCGCACUACGGCUUCGCGGCGGCCACCCUGCGGGGGGAGGUGGUGCAGGUGGAGAUCGCCGUGGGCGACGCCAACGACCACGCGCCCCGCUUCCCCCGCGCCUCGGCCCGCCUGGCCGUCUCCGAGCUCAGCCCGCCCGGCAGCGCCUUCCGCCUGCCCGCCGCCAGGGACCCCGACGACGGCGCCUUCGCCGUCCAGGGCUACUCGCUGCUGCCCGCCGAGCCCGCCGGGGACGCCGGCGGGGGGCCGGGGGGCGCGCCGCUCUUCCAGCUGCGCUACGGCAGCCCCCCCGACGCCGCCCUGGACCUGGUGCUGCUGCGGCGGCUCGACCGCGAGCAGGAGGACACGUACCGGCUGCUGGUGGAGGCCUGGGACGGGGGCAGCCCCCGGCGCAGCGGCCGCCUGCGGGUGGAGGUCCAGGUGCUGGACGAGAACGACAACGCGCCGGCCUUCGAGCGGGCCGAGUACCGGGCGGCGGUGCGGGAGGACGCGCCGGCGGGGAGCGCGGUGUGCCAGCUGCGGGCCAGCGACCCGGACGCGGGGGCCAACGGCGAGGUGCGCUACCGGCUGAGCCCCCGGCAGGCCGACCCGGCGGCGGCCGCCCCCUUCGAGGUGGACGAGCGCAGCGGGCUGCUGCGGCUGCGGCGGCCGCUGGACCGCGAGGCGCGCGCGCUGCACCGCCUGGCCGUCGAGGCCCGCGACGGCGGCGCCCAGCCCGAGGCCGCCACCGCCCUGGUGGCCGUGGAGGUGCUGGACGUGAACGACAACCCGCCCGCCAUCGGCCUGCUCUUCCUCACCGACGCCGGCGCCAGCGUCUCCGAGGGGGCGGCCCGCGGCGACUACGUGGCCCGCGUCUCCGUCUCGGACCCCGACGACGAGGAGGAGGAGGGCGGCGGGGUGGCGCUGAGCCUGCAGGGCGGCGACGGCGCCUUCUCGCUGCGCCCGGCGGGCGGCGGGGUCUUCUUCGUGUGCGUCGAGGGGCCCCUGGACCGCGAGCGCCGCGCCGCCUACCAGCUGCGCCUGCUGGCCGUCGACUCGGGCUCGCCGCCCCUCGCCGCCCAGCGCCCGCUGCCCCUCCGCGUGGCCCGCCUCAACGACCACGAGCCCGUCUUCGCGCGGCGCCGCUACAACGCCGCCGUGCCCGAGCACGCCCCCGACGGCCUCUGCCUGCUGCAGAAUAAAGGAAGACCUAAUUAUUUUUUCUUGUGCCAUUUGCAGGUCAAGGCAACCGACAGAGACUCAGGCCAUUUUGGCCAUAUUGAGUAUUCUCUGUAUGAUGGAUUCCAUAACUAUGAAAAAUCAAAAGCAUUCCAGAUAGACCCAAGCAGCGGCCAGGUAUGCGUGUCUCAGGACAUUGACAGGGAAGAAGAUCCUUCUACUUAUGACCUUUUAGUGAAAGCUACUGAUGGGGGUGGGCUAAGCGCCCAAGCUUUUCUUCGCAUUGAGAUAGAAGACAUUAAUGAUAAUCACCCUAUCUUCAACCCAGAAACUUACAUGACAAGCAUCAGCAGUCAUAUGCAGCCAGGAACUGAAGUCAUUAAUGUUGUUGCUACGGACAAGGAUUCUGGGAUAUAUGGAGCUGUAACUUAUGAAGUGGUACCAGGUGACUUCUCUUCCCUGUUCACAGUGGAUACAACAACAGGAAUUAUUUACCUGAUAUCAGCUCUCAGUAAUGUGGAACAUAGCAGUGUGCUGCUGACUGUCUCUGCUCGGGAUGGAGGUGGUCUUUGUUCAGUUGUUAAUGCAGUUGUGACUGUGAGGAUCCUCCAGACGGCCAUGGCUCCUGCUGUAUUUGAGCGAUCGCGCUACACAUUUUCCAUCCCUGAAGAUAUCCCUGUUGGCAGCGCUGUGGGAACAGUCAAAGCGAGGGAGCCUUUGAAUUUCUUGGAAACAAUUUCAUACACAAUUUCCUCUGGUGAUCCCUACGGAAGAUUCUCUAUUGACUCUCAGAAUGGCAUUAUCCGCACCAAAAAACAGCUUGACCAUGAAACCCAUUGCCAUACAGUUCUUACGGUGCAGUCACAGUUGGGAAGCUCCCCUGUCUACAGCAAUGCUCAGGUCAACAUAACCGUGACAGAUGUCAAUGACAACCCUCCGGUGUUCGUUACAAAAUCUGAUAAGAUACGUAUAUCACGUAGCACAGUAUCUGGCACAGCUCUGUACAUUGCUCAUGCGGAAGACAAAGACAGUGGGCUAAAUGGAGUGAUCCAGUACACUAUUGCAGGCAAUCAAUCAGGUGUUUUUACCGUUGAUCCAGAUCUUGGAGUGCUGUAUCUUUCUAGGACUCUGGUUGCUGAUAAGCAGAAAGAGCACACGGUACACAUUGCAGCUGAAGAUCAUGGAAGUCCCCCUCUGAGUUCUUUGAUGAUCUUGACUGUGAUUGUUGAUGAACAGAAGGGACGCCCCACCUUGAGUUUUGAAAAUUUGGUCUAUCAUGUGGAUGUCAGAGAGACAUGUUCCAUGGGUACCCUCAUUCUUCAAGUACAAGCCCGGAUGUUAGAUCCACAGUAUACCCCUGGGGUAUUUGUAUAUUCUUUAGAGCAUAGCACAGAUUCUGCUUCGUUUAGAAUCAACCCAACAACAGGCAGUAUUUACCUACGAAAUCCCUUAGACUAUGAACUAACUCAAUCAUGCAGUUUUAGAGCCUAUGUCACUAGCCCAAUGGAUACGUCAGGGCAAAAUGCAAGUACAUCAGUAAUUGUUAAUGUCCUUGAUGAAAAUGACAAUUCUCCUGUGUUCAUGCGUGAUGUCUAUUUUUUUGAAAUUGAAGAAAGUUCAUUACCCCAAGGUGUGGUUGGCAUACUCACAGCAGUUGACAAAGACUCUGGGAGAAAUGGGCAGCUCUCUUAUUUCCUCUUAUCUGAUGGAAAAUAUUUCAAGAUCAAUUCCAACACGGGUGAAAUUAUAAACUGGGUUGCAUUAGACUACGAGCAACAAGCUCACCAUCAACUGCUUGUACUAGUGACUGACCAUGGUGCUGCUCGACAAAAUGCCACAGUAACGGCCUAUAUUUCAGUUACUGACGUCAAUGAUAACCAUCCCUGCUUCCCUCAGUUUCCCUCUGGAGCAGAGUUCAGCAUCAAGGUACUGGAAGGGCAGCCAGCAGGGACACUGGUUGCCACUGUACAUGCCAAGGAUCUGGAUUCCGGAAACAAUGGGAUGGUGUCAUAUUCACUGUCAACAGGAGAAAGUUUAGGUCACUUUCAGAUUGAUAGCAGAAGUGGUGAGUUAAGAACUACUGAAGCUAUUUUAUAUAAUUGGAGGUCGGCCUACAGAAUGGUAGUCACUGCAACUGAUCAGGGAAUCCCUUCGCUUCAAGGACAAAUGGACAUCAACAUUGAGGUUAUCCCACUUCCUAAAAGGAGUUCUGUUUCUUUCCAAAACAUCAGACAUUUUGUCAUACAAGAAAAGUUUAGGCCUGCACAGGUGCUGGGCUCUCUAAGACUGCCUGGCCAGCAUCUGUAUACUAGUAACAAGCAGCAUUAUAGCAUUUCUGAAGAAGACUCUGAUGUUCCAUUUGAAGUUGACAGUUCCUAUGGGGAUCUUCUUCUUUCCAAAGAACUUGAUUAUGAAACAGCAUCUCACUACUCCUUUAGAGUGGUGGUUAACGACGAUCAGAAUAGUUUUCCACAAAAUGGCACUAUUUUCAUCAGUGUUGAAGUUGAAGAUCAAAACGACCACUCGCCUUCUUUCCAGAAUGACUUCGUUGUGAUUGGCGUACAGGAAAACGUGCCCGUUGGCACUUUGGUGUAUAGGUUUAAUGCAAGAGAUGGAGAUGGCAGUUUUCCGAACAGCAACGUACAGUAUUCUAUACACAGGAAUAACUUCACUGAAAAUCCAUUUCUUAUCCAUCCUUUUUAUGGUAGCUUAAUCACAGCGGUUCCCCUCGACCGAGAGAUGAUGCAAACUGUUAUCCUGACAGUUGUGGCAGCUGAUCAAGCUGUAAACUUGACUGACCGCAGACAAGGUUCACUGACCGCCAAAAUAAUCAUUCUGGAUGUCAAUGACAACCACCCUACCUUUGUUUCACCACCUCUUUCCUACAUCAGAGAGGAUGCAGAGAUAGGCUCCCCAGUACACUGCAUAGUUGCUCAUGAUCCAGACCAAGGAAGGAACGGACAAAUUGCAUAUUAUCUUCUCUCAAGUACUGAAGACCAUGUGUUUGCACUAGACAAAUCCUCAGGACUGCUCACCACCACCUUUGCUUUGGACUGUGAAAACCAAGAGUAUUACAAUUUGACCGUUGUGGCUGUAGAUGAAGGCACCCCAGCACUAUCUGCAACUCAGAUUCUGACGAUAAUCGUUCUUGAUGUAAAUGAUGAGCCGCCGGUGUUUACAAAAGCUCUAUAUCAAGCUUCCAUCUAUGAAAACAAAGAUCCAGGAGAGGUUGUCAUAAAAAUAGAAGCUACAGAUAAAGAUUCAGGAACCAAUUCUCUGCUUCAUUAUGAAAUUUUUCCGGGACCUGGGCAUGAGAUUUUUCGGAUAAACUCUGAUACUGGUGAGAUUACAACAGCCAUUUCACUGGACAGGGAAACUCAAGAGAUCUUCACUAUUAAAGUGCUGGUUCGAGACAGUGGAAGUCCUGUUUUAUCCAGCACAACAUCGGUUGUCAUCAGAAUACUGGAUGAAAAUGACCACACUCCCAAGUUCCUCCUUCCUGUUUCGGAGAUCCAGAUUCUGGAGAAUCAAGCGCCUUCAGUCAUAUCAACGAUACUGGCUGUGGACAUGGAUGCCGCCAGUAACGGAACUGUGCAAUGUCACAUCAUUGAUGGAAACGUUAGAGGAUACUUUGCUUUGAAUGAAACUUCUGGAGACCUUUCCACCAUUUGUGGUUUAGACAGAGAGAUUGUCAGCAACUUUACUCUCAUCAUUGAGUGCUCUGAUUUGGGCAGUCCACAGAGAAGCUCCGUGACCCACAUACAUAUCACAGUCCUCGACAAAAAUGACAACAGCCCUCUGUUUGCAAAGAACCACUAUCAAGCCUCUGUGAGAGAAGACCUUGGAGAAGGAUCAGCAGUUCUUGAACUGCACACUGUUGAUGGAGAUGAGGGCCCAAAUGGAGAGGUUAGAUACUCUCUCGUGGAUGAUACCCUUGGGGCAUUUACCAUUGACCAGAUUACUGGCAUAGUAACUACUACAAAACCACUGGACCGGGAGAAAAAAUCUCACUAUGUAUUCAGGGUGGUGGCUACCGAUUCAGGAAUCCUGGAACCAAGAAGCAGCAGCGUUACUGUCACUGUGCACAUUGAGGAUGUCAAUGACAAUAGUCCUUUUUUCCUACAGAAUCCUGUCAGAGCUUCUGUGCCUUUUCAGACAUCUUUGAAUCAGACAAUAGCUACUGUGAAGGCCAGUGACUUUGACCUGGAUCUAAAUGGUGCUGUGCAUUUUAUGCUUGAAACACCAGAAACCAUGUUCCAGGUGGACCCAAAUACAGGAGAAAUCUUUCUUCAGGAACCUGUACCUCAUGAGGGUUUUGUUACCUACCUCCUCAUAUUGGCUUCAGAUAAAGGAGUUCCAGCUAGAACGGCUACUGCUGUUUUGGCCAUCUCUUCUGAAACGUUAACAGAGACUAUUUCAUUCAGUUACAAUCAGUAUGAAUUAACCGUGCCUGAAAACACUGAAAAAGGCACCUCUGUUUUCACGCUAGCUGCUUAUGACCAUGGCUUGAUGGGAAAGAAUUUAAAGCACAACCUCAUCAGUGAACAUGAAGACGUUUUCUCCAUCCAUCCCAUCACAGGUGUAAUCACAGUAGAGAAACCAGAAUUUCUUGAUUAUGAAGUCAGGCAAAAGGUACAGUUUACGAUCUUAGCGGACAAUGGCUUGAGCUCAGUGCUAUGUGGAAUGACGGUAUUGAUACAAGACAUGAAUGAUAAUGCACCGCAGUUUGAACAAAGCUAUAGCACAGCAUCAGUGUGGGAAGGCCAGCUCUACAGCACGUAUAUCAUGCAGAUCUAUGCAACAGACCCGGACAGUGGCAUAAAUGGAGAAAUUGAAUAUUCAGUUUUAUCUGGCAACACAAAUGAAGCAUUUCUCAUUGAUUCAGCACAAGGAAUUAUAUCUGCCUACACAGUCUUCAAUAGGGAAGACAUUUCAUCAUACAGGUUGGUUUUACAAGCUGCUGAUAGGGGAACUCCCAGGCUAUCAGCUACAAGUACAGUAGAAAUACAAGUACUGGAUGUCAAUGAUAAUGCUCCAACUCUCGGGCCACUCGGCACAGUGGAACUCCCUGAAAAUACUCCACUUGGCUUCCUUGUGAUGCAAGUACUGGCAGAUGAUAUGGACCUGGGCCCACCUCUUCACUACAGUUUUGCUAAGGGCGGUAACCCCGGAAGGAAAUUUACAAUUGACCAGUACAAGGGAAUAAUCACUUUGGUGCAGGCAUUAGACUUUGAAGAAAUUGCUCAGCUUGAACUGUCGAUUAGAGUUUCAGAUUCUGUGCAUCACACCACAGAAAAACUUGUAAUACUUGUAUCUGAUGUAAAUGAUAACCCACCAGUAUUUACUCAGGAUGUAUAUCAGGUGAUCAUACCAGAACUCACAACUAUAAAUGCAUCUAUCUUAACUGUGUGUGCCACAGACAGAGAUUCGGAGUAUAAUGGAAAGGUAUCCUACAGAAUUCUUUCAUCCUCUGAUGCAUUUUCUAUUGAUCCGAGAAAUGGCUCACUAUUUUUGGCUAAGCCAGUGACGUUCCAGGACAAAACUCCAAUUAUUCAGCUACUGGUAGAAGCCAUAGACCAUGGAAAUCCUCCUCUGACUGCCAUUACUUCAGUGGUUGUACAUAUACAGGACGUGAAUAAUUAUGUUCCUCAAUUUACAAUGGCAGCAUAUAAUCUCAGUGUAAGAGAAAAUGUGUCCAUUGGAGAGAAGCUGCUCACGUUUUCUGCUGCUGACUAUGAUAAGUCACAUGAAAAUAACUACAUUGAAUAUUCUAUUAUCGGUGGUAAUGGCAGUAACAAAUUUCUUGUGGAAACGUGUGUCAUUGGGCCACAGUCUCCGAAUAAAGUGGUUGGAAAUCUCAGGUUGAGAAGCCUUCUAGACAGAGAGAAAACGUCAGCUUACCAGUUAUUAAUUCUUGCAUCUGUCCAUGGAGCUCCUCUUUUAAACUCCACGGCUACUGUAUCCAUCACUGUUUUGGAUGUUAAUGACAGCCCACCUAUAUUUACCAGCUUGGAAUACCGUGUUCACGUUAGAGAAAAUACUCCAGUGGGAAGUCCUAUUACUGUGGUUUCAGCAAGUGAUGAUGAUGUUGGUUCCAACGCGAAGGUCACUUACAGUAUUGCCUCUGGAAAUGACAAGGGACAUUUUCGAUUAGAUGGGAAAACUGGCUCCCUUGAUCUGGUCCGACCUCUGGAUUAUGAAGAAACAGUGACAUUCAGUUUAACUAUUCAAGCCUCUGAUGGAGGAGUUGGUAUAAAAAAUGUGGCUUUUGCUGCUGUUUUUGUCAGUGUUCUUGAUGAUAAUGAUUACGCACCAAAAUUUCUAUUCCCUAACCUGGACUGCAGAGUACAUGAAAAUCUGCCCCCUUUUUCUUUUGUGUGCACAGUCUCUGCAUUAGAUUUCGAUACUGGCCCCUAUGGUCAUCUUUCUUAUUCCAUCCAGUCAUCAUGUUUGUCUGACCAUGGAACUUCCUUAGAUGAUGGCAUGUUUUUCAUAGAUCCCCUGACCGGGGCUAUCCAUACUAAACAAGCCCUUGACUUUGAACAUCAGAAUAAAUAUUGCUUUGUAGCUCAGGCAAGAGACAAGAGCGAUGCCUCAGCCACUGUUACCGUUCGGGUGACGGUUGAAGGGACAGAUGAGUUUGACCCAGUUUUCAACCAAAAUCAAUAUUUUUUCGAUUUCCCUGAAAAGAAUGAAGCAGGGCAGCUGGUUGGCAGAGUGUCGGCAUCAGAUUACGACAGAGGGUUGGACGGCGUUGUUCGUUACAGUCUGCUGAAACAGUCCCCUUUCUUUUCUGUGAACCAAAGCAAUGGGGCUGUCUACUUGACUAAAUCUUUUCACAGGAAAAGGAGCAGCACGAAGAGAAAAGAGGACACCCUCGAACUGCUUAUCAAAGCUCAUGGCCCGAAACUGGACUCUAAAUUUAGCACAUGCAUAGUUCUGGUGAACAUUUCUGCUACCCCGGAGAGCUCUUCCAUGUUAUCGCCCCACACCUUGACCAUCAGUAUUGCUGCCUUUGCUGUUCUGUUCCUGUUUCUUGCCAUCAGCUUUGCAGUGCUUAUUGUGAGAUACAAGCAAAAAGAUGCAGUGAACUCCAGCAAGAAAAAAGAAACGCCAUGCUGUUUAGCAACAGAUUUGAAUGCAGAUCGUGAAAACAGUGCCCCUGAAGCUCCCCAGAACACUUCAGUCCCUGCUACAAGCACCCUUCCCAUAAGCUCCAUAGCUGAAUGGCUGAGUUUGGUAGGCAUUAGAGAAAGGAAGGAUAUGGGUAAUCCCUGCAGACAUUCGGACUCCAGUGGCCAUGGCUCUGCAGAAGGCGAAACAGCGGAAGAUGAGGAAAUACAGAAGAUUAAUGAACAUCCAUGCAGGAAGGGUUCUGGAUCAGCCUUAAGUGACCGAGGCUCACGAAUACCAGACUCGGGAAUUCCCAGGGACUCUGAUCAGCUUUCAUGUCAGUCUGGAGAGACAGAUGUUGUUGCUGUGAUUCAAAGUGCAGAGACUAUCCAGAUCUUCAGAGAUGGAGGCGGAGGAGAGGAAAGAGAUUGUGACACCAGGUAUACAAGCAAUAACAUGUCAUUACUUCAGAACAUGGGGUUAAAGGAAAUGGACGCCAUGAGAGACAUCUCACGAGAGUAUAACUUCAUACCUGAUGGCCCGAACUCCCAUUCUGGAUCUCUUGCUACCCUAGUAGACUCUGGUGACGAUCUUAGAGGUAGUUAUAACUGGGAUUACUUGCUAAAUUGGGAACCCAUAUUUAAACCUCUUGCAUCUGUGUUCAGUGAUAUUGCAGAACUGAAAGACGAAAGCAUAAAAACAUGCGGCUUUCCUAAGGAGAAGAAAUCUUUCAUUUUUCCCCCUCCCUUGAUUACUUCUGUGGCUCAGCCAGGUUUAAUGACAGUACCCCCACGAAUGCCAAGUCUACUGCCUGGUCAGGCAUUUAAAAGCUACCCCCACUCACCCCUCCUCCAUAACCUAAAAUAUCCUUCAUCAGCCAUGACUCCUAGUUUUUCUCCUUCUCUGUCCCUGCUUACAGUGCAGACCCCUGUGGCAUCCCCAGUAACCUCACAUCCUAGCCUAAAGGGGAUGUGGCCCAGUGGGCCAACAUGUGAACUUUCAACAGAAGAAGAAAUUCAAGUGUAGGUUAUUUAGCAUUGGUACACACCAUUAGAUGAACAUUUGGUGAAAAGUACUUGCCAUGCUUUUUAAUGAGCACAG